GCACCAUGGCCCGGAGCAGGGCACUGCUGCUGCUCUUGCUGCUGCCGCCACAGCUGCGCCUGGGACCUGUGAUCGCUGUGAGGCCCCCGGGGUUUGGCCAGGGUGGGGCCCACAGCCCAAGCCCUGAGGAGAACGAGUUUGUGGAGGAGGAGCCUGUGCUGGUCCUGAGCCCCGAGGAGCCAAGACCCGGCCCUGCCACCAUUGACUGCCCCCGGGACUGCGCCUGCUCCCAGGAGGGCGUCGUGGACUGUGGCGGCAUCGACCUGCGUGAGUUCCCAGGGGACCUACCUGAGCACACCAAUCACCUGUCCCUGCAGAACAACCAGCUGGAGAAGAUCUACCCCGAGGAACUCUCCCGACUGCAGUGGCUAGAGACUCUGAACCUCCAGAACAACCGCCUGACCUCCCGAGGGCUCCCUGAGGAGGCGUUUGAGCACCUGACCAACCUCAAUUACCUGUACCUGGCCAAUAACAAGCUGACACUGGCACCCCGAUUCCUGCCAAAUGCCCUGAUCAGUGUGGACUUCGCUGCCAAUUAUCUCACCAAGAUCUAUGGGCUCACCUUUGGCCAGAAGCCAAAUUUGAGGUCCGUGUAUCUGCACAACAACAAGCUGGCGGAUGCCGGGCUGCCGGACAGCAUGUUCAAUGGCUCCAGCAACGUCGAGAUCCUCAUCCUGUCCAGCAACUUCCUGCGCCACGUGCCCAAGCACCUGCCUCCUGCCCUGUACAAGCUGCACCUCAAGAACAAUAAGCUCGAGAAGAUCCCACCUGGGGCCUUCAGCGAGCUGAGCAACCUGCGUGAGCUGUACCUGCAGAACAACUACCUAACCGACGAGGGCUUGGACAAUGAGACCUUCUGGAAGCUCUCCAGCCUGGAGUACCUGGAUCUGUCCAGCAACAACCUGUCGCGGGUCCCCGUGGGGCUGCCGCGCAGCCUGGUCCUGCUGCACCUGGAGAAGAACGCCAUCCGGAGGGUGGACGCGGAUGUGCUGACCCCCAUCCGCAGCCUUGAGUACCUGCUACUGCACAGCAACCAGCUGCGAGCCGACGGCAUCCACCCGCUGGCCUUCCAGGGCCUCAAGCGGCUGCACACGGUGCACCUGUACAACAACGCGCUCGAGCGCGUGCCCAGUGGCCUGCCCCGCCGCGUGCGCACCCUCAUGAUCCUGCACAACCAGAUCACAGGCAUCGGCCGCGAGGACUUUGCCACCACCUACUUCCUAGAGGAGCUCAACCUCAGCUACAACCGCAUCACCAGCCCGCAGGUGCACCGCGACGCCUUCCGCAAGCUGCGCCUACUGCGCUCACUGGACCUGUCCGGCAACCGCCUGCGCACGCUGCCCGCAGGACUGCCCCGCAACGUACACGUGCUGAAGGUCAAGCGCAAUGAGCUGGCUGCUCUGGCGCGCGGGGCGCUGGCCGGCAUGGCUCAGCUGCGAGAGCUCUACCUCACCAGCAACCACCUGCGCAGCCGCGCCCUGGGCCCCCGCGCUUGGGCAGACCUCGCCCACCUGCAGCUGCUGGAUAUCGCUGGGAAUCAGCUCACGGAGAUCCCCCAAGGGCUCCCCGAGUCGCUUGAGUACUUGUACCUGCAGAACAACAAGAUCAGCAGCGUGCCUGCCAGUGCCUUUGACUCCACACCCAACCUCAAGGGGAUCUUUCUCAGGUUUAACAAGCUGGCCGUGGGCUCCGUGGUGGAAAGUGCCUUCCGGAGGCUGAAGCAACUGCAGGUCUUGGACAUCGAAGGCACCAUUGAGUUUGGUGAUACUUCCAAGAACCAUGGCCGCUUGGAGGAAGAGGAGGAGGAGGAAGAAGAAGAGGAUGAGGAAGAGGAAGAGGAAACAAGAUAGUGACAGAUCUGACCUAGGACAAUGGAUCAUGGACUCCUUUCUGCAGCACGUGCCAUGUCCUGUGAGCCCCCAUCUGCAUGCUCACAGGGACACACCCAGCACCGAACCUGUGGGCCACCCUGCCUGCCACAGGCUGAAUGCACCUUGGGUCCCCACCUGGUCCUGCAGUGUGUCCCGUGGCCAGACAUGUGCAGAUAUCACGUCACACCCCUGCACACCCAGCUCAGGUGCACACACAGCCGGCUGCCCUUACCCUCCAGAUGUUACACUCUCCAGCUGAGGCCCACCACUGUGGCCAGGCCUGCCCUCUGAGUCACGCAGACUCAGGCAGGACUGUCCUCCCUGGCACACUUAGCAUGUGCACACACACACACGCUCACACACUUACUUACCUGCAAGCACCACACACACACACACAAUAGUGCCACCAACAGCUCUUGCCACUAGCCAGAUGUGACUAGGAUUGCUCGCCAUCAACCUGGUCCUCUGUCCAUCCACUACCUGGAGAAGAUAUACGGUUAUCUCCCUGCUCUGUGGCCAGGUGCUUUCUGCUGUCUGGAACUCACAAAAGCUGGCUUCUGUUCCUUUCCCUCUUUUGGGGACCGGAACAUUCUGGAUUUCUGCCUCACCAGGUGCUGGGGCAGUCACUCUGCUGAGCGUCCCUCCCUGCUGUGCCCUGGCAGGCACUGGCACUUUGGAAGGACAGUCCUCGUGGAAGUGAGUGGGAGGCCUCCUGGCUGCUGCUGGGUCCCUGGAGCAGGGGGAGCCCAGGCUGUGGAGCUGGAGGACCAGGCAGGAAGGGCCAGCCUAUACCUACAAGACAUACUUUAUACUUUUGUACUUUAUACAGGGAAGUUCUGGGUGCCUUUUUUGUUUUUAGUUUUUUUUUAAGAAAAGAAAAAUGAUAAAAAUCUCAAAGCUCACUUUUCUUGUUACAGAAAAACUAAUAUAAAAGCAUUACCCCUGUCCUUGCA